AUGAAACUGAGCCACGAGACGGUGACGAUAGAGCUCAAGAAUGGUGUAGACAUGAGUAUGAACACACAUCUCAAGUCGGUGAAGAUGACAAUCAAAGACAAGGCUACAGUCACUCUGGACUCGCUGAGCUUACGAGGCAACAACAUCCGCUACUACAUCCUCCCUGAGAACAUUCCACUCGACACACUGCUAGUGGAUGAUAGCCCCAAGGCCAAGGCAAAGAAGAGAGAGGCCAUUAUAGCAAGAAACUUUCAACAGGAAAUCUUGUACAUAUUAGAGGGUGGAGAAAUUUUCGCUAGGCACCUAAAACUGUCUCUUUUCACCUGGGUCGAGGGAGAGGGAGAGGGAGAGGAAGAGGGAGGGGCAGAGGAAGAGGGAGAGGAGCAGGAGGAGCAGGAGGACCAAGACGCUAGACACUGGCACACACUUGACACUGAUUAG